AUGAGCGUUGGUAAUAAUAAUAAUAACUAUGAUGAUGGUGAUGGAAUGUUAUUAAACUUUGCUGUUCCUGAACCAUCUUCAGUUAAGCAGAUUCCACAAAGAAACAUCAAAGUGAGCGGUGGAAGAUGGAAAGAGAGACGGAAAUUGCAAUUGACACUUCUGGGUAAAUUAAAAGAAAAACCAAAAGUAAAAGGCGCCAAUAGCGUAUCCAUACUUGAACGGAAAACUGAGAAGAGGAAAUUGGAUAAAAAUGAUAGCGAUGGCUUGAAACUGAGUCAAAAUACAAGUGGUGUGCCCAAGAGAGUCAAAGUCUCGGGGGGUACAAAAACCACCACCACGCGAGGAAGUAAAGAUGAGCUAUACGUAUCCUCCUUAUUUACAAAUAAUAGCAAAUCCACUGCUCAGGAAAAUACAGAUACAGUCACAUCUGAAAAAGCAUAUUCCCCUUCAAAUGCUCCUAUGAAAGAUGCAACUACUUUUACUGGCCUUGGUUUAAACGAUAGGCUAUCAAAGCAUUUGACCGAGCAUUUGAGAUACAAGUACCCAACAAAGAUUCAGAAAUUGGUAAUACCAGAACUACUCAUUACCCACAAUGACUUGUUUGCUAAGGCUCAAACUGGGUCAGGUAAGACAAUGGCAUUUGUGCUACCGAUUUUUCACAAGUUGAUGAUGAUGGGCAAACAAAACAUUGGUAGAGAUUCUGGAGUUUUUGCUGUGAUAUUGACUCCAACUAGGGAAUUGGCUAAUCAAAUAUACGCGGUUUUGGAAAACUUGAAUCGAUGUUGCUCAUUUAUUGUACCUGGUAUUGUUAUAGGUGGAGAAAAGAAGAAAAGUGAAAAAGCGAGAAUACGGAAAGGCGUUAAUAUCCUAGUUGCUACACCUGGUAGAUUAGUUGAUCAUUUGGAAAAUACAAAGUCGUUGGAUAUAGGGCAAGUGAGGUACUUAGUAUUAGAUGAAGGUGACAAAUUAGUGGAGUUGGGGUUUGAGGAAACUAUUUCAAAAAUUACAACGAUUAUUGAUAAUAAAUCAGCAAUACACAUUACAAGAGACAAGUGGCCGGAUUUACCUAGUAAGAGAAUCAACAUCUUGUGUUCUGCUACAUUACAAAAUAAUGUAAAAAAGUUGGGAAGCAUUUUUUUGAAUAAUCCCAAGAUGAUCUCGGUUGAUCGGGAGGUUGAGGGAACUAUCCAACUUAAUAAUGAUAGUGAUGAUGAUGAUGAUGAUGAUAAUAAUAAUAAUAAUAUUGGUGGUUCCACAACAGCAACUAAUUCACAUGAGUCCUUUGCACCAGAGCAGUUGACACAAAACAUUAUUAUUGUACCACCAAAGUUGAGGCUAGUUUCUUUAAAUGCUUCGUUGGUUAACUUUGCUAGUGAGAUUGAAAAGCUGAGCAAUGCUUCACGAACCAUGGUGUUUUUCUCGUGUUCAGACUCUGUGAAUUACCAUUUUGACGUAUUCACAAGAAAUGGGAAAGUAAUCAAGAAAAUCAAAGAUCAAGAAACUGGUGAAACAAGUACAGUCAUGACUGAUCCCGAGGAUUUGGUUGAAGAAAAUAAUGCCAUUGGAGAAGUAACAGCGCCUAUGGUCAACGAAAAUACCGUUAUAUACAAGCUUCAUGGGUCCUUGUCACAGCAAACGAGAACCACAAUAUUACAAAAUUUCAUCAAAGAGGAUCCUCGGUUCCCACACAAGAUUCUAUUUUGUACCGAUGUCGCAUCGAGGGGUUUGGAUUUACCAAAUAUAUCCAAUGUAAUUGAAUACGAUGCUCCGUUCACUAUUGAUGACCAUUUGCAUAGGAUUGGACGGUCAGCAAGAGUUGGUAAACAGGGAAAUGCAACUUUAUUUUUAUCCCCUGGUUUAGAAGAGGGCUAUAUUGAUGCAAAGUUGAAAGUUGUCCAUCCUAGACUGGACAGUCUUCGAAUACUCAAUUAUGAGAAAAGUUUACAGCAAGCAUUUGCCAAAGAAGAUGGACUGACGAAGAAAAAUAAACACAACAAGUUGGGUGACUGGGACAUUCAUGCAACCACCUGGCAUUUGGAUAUAGAACGAUGGUUGUUGGAAGACUCUCAUGCGUUGUCUCGAGCAAUACUUGCAUUCACUUCACAUAUAAGAGCUUAUGCUACCCACUUGUCAAGUGAACGUAGUAUCUUCAAUGUGAAAGCAUUGCAUUUGGGUCACAUUGCAAAGAGUUUCGGAUUGAGAGAAACGCCAAAGAGUUUAGGCAGGAAGUCUGCUAAAGUUAAUGAAAGCAGCAAUAGUGAAUCCACUCUAUCAAAAAGAAAGAAGGAAGAUCCAAGAAAGAAAAUGUUGCGUAUAGCUAAAAUGGCGGUAAACUCGUCAAGCAGUGAGUUUAAUUAUUGA